AUGCCGACUUGCGUUCAUAAAGGUUGUGAAAAAACUUAUAAUGAAGAAGAUAAUAAUGAUUCAGCUUGUCUUUAUCAUCCAUCUGCACCAAUUUUUCAUGAAGGGUUAAAGGGAUGGCAAUGUUGUAAUAAACGAGUUACAUCUUUUGAUGAAUUUCUCGCAAUUCCUGGCUGUACUAAAGGUCGACAUAGCAAUGAAGUUCCUCCUCCACCAGAAUCGGAUGAAACUUCAAAAGAAUCGGAAAUUAUUUCUUCUAAACCUUCGGUUGAACCUACAAUUGAUAAAAAUGGGGUUGAAAUAUAUAAUAGCGGUCCAACUUAUACACCAAUAGAGUCAAAACCUGUUGAUCUUCCUCAAAAUACUAAGAUUGCCCCACAAGAAGAAAAACCUGAAGAAGACGACCUUAACAUUCCAGUUACUCCUGGUACUGUUUGUAAAAGAGCCAGUUGUAAUACACCUUAUGUAGAUGAUAUAACUAGUCGUAAUGAAGGACCUCAAGCAAAAUGUGUUUAUCAUCCUGGUUCACCUAUUAAAA